AUGACAAAAACCAGAGGCAUAGCAAUCGCGAUCCCUUCAAGAGAUCCAAUACCCGAAAGAACACAGAUAGAACAACUGACGAUUGUAGAGACUCUAUCACCUCCUGAGCGUCAAGACAAACACAGGAAAAUAAAAACAAACAAGCGAAGAAUACGUGCAUGGGAGGACGAUCCCGACGAACAGCCAGUGAAUGUCAAUGUUACUACCAUGGCAGAACUAUGCAAAGACGUAAGGGUUGGUCGGAAAUCAAAAGUUUUUAGGGAACUCGAAAAAGCCAAGUAUGAAAAAUUUCAAGAGCGAAAGGCAAAAAAAAAACGACUUACUGCGGCAGUUCGAUCAACGCCUGUUGUCGACGAACCAGAAGGUGAAGAGGUAUCCAUACUCGAUGGUAUAGAAGAUCCAGACGAAGUCAAUAACACAAGGUCUCGGAAAAGUGAAACCUCAGUUGCUUCUGAUAUAGACGUUUCUGAUGGCGCCCAAGAAUAUGUCUUGCAGGAUGAUGGAUCGCAUACACGACAAAGAACGAAUUCUGUUACUUCUGAACACUCGAUUGAAAUUGUGCAUAGCGAUGAGGAGGCGUCACAGGCGGUUGAUUCUGGACAAGAGUCGAAUGACAUUAGAGCUCUCGAAUGGGACCUAGGUGGCAUCAAAGAGACGUAUGUACAGCUGGCGGAAAUUAUAUUUGAGUUAUCGUUAGGUACGGCCGCUCCUCAAGUCAGAGUAGUAAACGGGGAAAUAGUAAUAGACGAGGACUCGUUACGUAUCGAUCGGUCUGCGAUGCAUAAACCAGUCCAGGAAGAGUUGUUAGAAUUGGUGGUAGAAAAUCCAUACUCAACGAUAAUAAACAGUGCUAGCUAUUCGAAGAGAAGCCGAGCAAACGAAAAAUGGAAGGAGGACGAGACGGAACUGUUUUACAAGGCCUUGUCCAUGUGGGGCACGGAUUUCGAAAUAAUAUCCAAACUUUUUCCAACCCGAACUCGCAGACAAGUCAAAGCAAAGUUUAAGCGUGAGUCAAGGUUGGACCCAAAAAGAAUUAACGAAGCUACUGCAAAUCGGAUUCCUAUAGAUUUAGAGGAAUUUACCAAGAUUACUGGCGUAACUUUGAAUGUUCAAGACAUUUCGGAUUGA